AUGAAUGUCUCGGCGACGCUCAGUGUUUUCAGCUUACUACGAAAACCCUCGCUAUGUCUACCUCAUGCUACUGUUCCUACCUUUGAUCGCGUACCAAUUUCUAUAGCUACAGCUCUAACCGCCGCCAAUGGAGGUCAGAGACCUGAUAUCAGAGCUAUUGUACUUGACAAAGAUAAUUGUUUUGCCAAACCCAAAGAAAGUAGUAUCCAUAGCCCAUACAAAAAACAUUUUGAAUCUCUUCGCAAGAUGUUCCCUGGCGCUCGUGUGUUGAUCGUCAGCAACUCGGCCGGCACACAAGAUGACCCCGAGGGGAAAGAAGCCAAACUCCUGGAACAGGCCACGGGGGUCAAUGUUUUUAAGCAUUCGACAAAGAAGCCUGGAUGUGGCCCUGAUGUAUUUAGGCACUUACAGAAUAUUCCAAAGAUUCGGGUGGAACAUCCAGGUCAGAUUGCUGUAGUUGGGGAUAGGCUCUUCACAGACAUAAUCAUGGCAAGUACGAUGGGCUCUUGGUCGAUUUGGAUCGAGGAUGGCGUUGUAAAGAAUGAUGGGAUUUUCUCGAGGAUAGAGAAAGGGUUGCUGGGUUUUCUGAUCCGACGCGGCUUCAAGGCUCAAAUCCCAAAGAGUGAUUGA